UUUGUGCCGGUCGUGCACGAACAAAGUUGGACGCGAACCAAGUUAUUGAAUUUACCAACGGACUUCUGAUUGAGUGGCAGAAGAACGUUAUUGAAAUGAGUCUCAUUGACUCCUAUAAGCUUCUGGUGCUCUUAGCCAUGCUUGGGGUACCGCUAGUUGAGGCCCAUAUUCGCAUCGAGGCACAGGAAUUUCAUGUGGCUCCCCAACAAAAGCCCACAUUCGUUCGUUCCGCCGUAGAAAGCAUAUCCUUGGACGAUAAAGCCGAACAACUUAUCCGUUCUAAUGACCGUUCUGUGUUUGGAGAAGCUUUCCUACCACUGCGUAGUGCCGUGGAGAGUGUUCCUAGUAUAAAUCAAAAGAACUUGGCCCAGCUACGAGAUUCCCCCGGCAUUCGUUCCUUUGUGCGCGAUUCCGUAGAGUCAAUGCCAAUUAAUGAAGAGCAAGGGGAGAAUAUGGGCCUAAGCGCAAACUUUGAGAAGAAUUUUGUAAACAUCGACGUAAAUGCAAAAACGGAAGUAAAGACAGAGCCAGAUUGGACCGUUUCCGAUAAGUACGCCGCAUUCAUUGUUCCAGGUAAAGACGAAUUUAAUCCGAAGCCAUACCGCUCCGGAUCUCCGCAUCAGCAAUUGGUAAAAGUGGUCAAUGCGGAACAGCUGGAGCACAUCGAGGAACUUGAUCCGUAUUUACAGCAGCAGGCUUACGGCGCACUUGUGCAGACUGGUCUGGAAAGUCAGCAAACUACCUAUGGAGCUCUAUCGCAAACGAAGAAAAAACAGUUCAACGCGGCCACCAAAGUUCUUUGUUACAUGUCAAACUGGGCUUUCUACCGAAAGGGAGAAGGUCAUUUUGUCCCUGAGCAGAUAAGCCCAAAACUCUGUUCGGUCAUUAUUUAUUCGUUUGCCUCUCUAGACCCUGAUCAUUUGACCAUUAGCGCGUUCGAUCCUUGGGUUGACUUCGAUAACCAAUACUACAAGCGCGUGACUUCCUUGGGAGUACCCGUACUUAUUGCAUUGGGUGGCUGGACUGACUCUAACGGCUCCAAGUACUCACGAUUAGCCAGCGAUGAAAUUAAGCGGCGGGUCUUUGCAUCAAGUGUUGCCGGCUUCCUUCAGCGUCACGGAUUUAGCGGUAUACAUCUUGACUGGAACUAUCCAAAAUGUUGGCAGAGCGACUGUACAAAGGGACCAGAAAGCGAUAAACCCAACUUGACAAAGCUUCUUAGAGAACUGCGUACGGAAUUUCAGCGUGUUAACCCGAAAUUCCAGUUAGGUGUUGCCAUCUCGGGCUAUAAAGAGAUCAUUACGGAAGCCUAUGAAGUUUCCGCUUUAUCAGACAUAGUAGACUACAUGACAGUGAUGACAUACGACUACCAUGGUUCAUGGGAGCGGCAGACAGGCCAUGUUAGUCCACUAUACGGCUCAUUGACAGAUAAAUAUCCGCAGUACAAUACAGACUACACGAUGCAAUUGCUCUUAAAAAUGGGUGCGCAAAGAGAAAAACUGGUUUUAAGCAUUCCGUUCUAUGGCCAAAGUUUUACAAUGGAACAAAGUAGUCAAAAGCUGGUGGAAGCUGGAGUACCAGCAAGUGGACCAGGGGAUGCCGGGGAAUCAACGAGGCAGCCAGGAAUGCUGGCAUACUACGAAAUUUGCCAGCGCAUUAGGAAGUCCAAAUGGAUGACUGGGCGGGAUGCAAAUCAAAGAUCAGGGCCGUAUGCAAUGUUAAAGAACCAGUGGGUGGGAUACGAAGAUCCGAGAAGUGUUGAAGCUAAAUCUCGGUACGCGGCCAAUAAUAACUUUGCUGGUGUGGCAGCAUGGACCGUUGACCUCGAUGACUUUCAAAAUCGCUGCUGCAGUGAGUCGUUUCCGCUUCUAAAGUCCAUUAACCGGGCAUUGGGUCGAUUGGACUCAGAGCCCCCCACCGGAAUUAACUGCGAGCGUCCGCCAUUAGUGGUUACACCCAUCCCACCUCAAAUGACUACUAUAAGUAGCGAUGGCUCCGCGGGCGUGAGUCACAAUCACACAACUUGGCCGAGCUGGGAGGCCAGCACGACAAAAAAACCCAAACCUAUAACUACAACUGAAAACAAUAAAAGUACCACUACUGUUGCGAGCAUCUGGUGGAGCCCGACAUCAAGUCGUCCCAGUAUGCCUACCAAGACCACUGCCAGACCUGCACACACCACUAUCCCCGUACCAGCAGUAAUUUACCCCGUGGUACAGGCCUCAAACUGUAAAAGUGGCGAGUUUUAUCCCGACUCCAAAAAUUGUAACGCCUACUUUCACUGCAUAAAUGCCGGAGAAUUGCGGCAACAGUUCUGUCCUGGAGGUCUUCACUGGAACAAGGAGGCUAAGGGAUGCGACUGGCCGUCAUCGGCUCAAUGUUCAAAAAAACGGGUGCAGGAAUCGAGCACGGUUAUCCUAAACCCGGUUCCAACGACCAUGAAGCCAAAAAACACCACAACUAGCACAAAGCCUAAUCGGAAACCGACAGUUACAGUUACACAUCAUAAUUUCGUUAACGCCUCAGUACGACCACAAACUUCGCGCCCACCAACAUUGGCCAGUUGUAAUGAAGGGGAAUAUUAUACCCACAGAAACUGUGGAGAAUACUACAUCUGCAUCAAUGGUGUCCUAGUACUCAGCGAGUGUGGCGGCAACUUACACUGGGACGCAAUACGUAAGAGAUGCGACUACCCAGAGGUUGUGAAUUGCGUAACAAGCCAAAAAUAUCUAAAAAUCAUUCAUGCCAGUCGCGUCAGCGAGGAGGAUCCGUGCAAUGGCGAGGAACGAGUACCGUAUCCGGCUGACUGUUCGAAAUAUCUCUUCUGCUUAUGGAACCGACUUCAGGCCGCUGAUUGUCCACCAGGACUGCACUUCAGCGAGUCGAUUGGGAACUGCGACUGGCCAGUUGCAGCCAAAUGCAAUCAGGACUCUGGUAAUAAUAGCGGGCUAGCAGGAUCAAUGACUAAGCCCAAGCCUCCGUUGUCCAAACCGGCACCCACCACGCAAAAACCGGCCACCACAGCACGUCCAACCUACCCCACAGAAAAGCCAGUGUUGAAGCCUUUGGACGGGUACUACAAAGUCGUGUGCUACUUUACCAAUUGGGCCUGGUACCGCAAGGGACUGGGUCGCUAUACUCCUGAUGACAUCAACACGGAUCUGUGCACUCACGUGGUUUAUGGGUUCGCUGUUCUCGAUUACUCCGAAUUAAUUCUGCGCACCCAUGAUUCCUGGGCCGACAUUGACAAUAACUUUUACACGAGGGUCAGUGGCCUUAAAAGCAAGGGUAUUAAAGUGAGUUUGGCUCUUGGCGGCUGGAAUGACUCGCAAGGCGAUAAGUACAGUCGCCUAGUACGAAGUCCCUCCGCACGUGCUCGCUUUAUACGCCAUGCCGUUGAGUUUGUUCAAAAAUAUGGAUUCGACGGUCUUGACCUAGACUGGGAGUACCCGGUGUGUUGGCAAACGGAGUGUAACAAGGGAUUCGUCGAAGAGAAAGAGGGUUUCACCGCAUGGGUUCGGGAACUGUCAGAAGCUUUUAGGCCUCGGGGACUUUUGUUAUCUACUGCCGUCUCGCCUAGCAAAAAAAUAAUUGAUGCAGGAUACGACGUUCCCCAGCUUUCUCGGUUAUUUGAUUGGAUCGCUGUGAUGACAUACGACUUUCAUGGUCAAUGGGACAAGAAAACUGGCCAUGUGGCCCCUUUGUUCUAUCAUCCCGAUGAUGACUUUGAGUAUUUUAACUCGAACUUCUCGCUACACUAUUGGAUUGAAAAGGGAGCUCCAUCGCGGAAAAUUAUUAUGGGUAUGCCACUAUAUGGUCAAUCUUUUACUCUAGAAAAAGCAAGCAACAGUGGUCUAAAUGCCAAGGCCCCUGGACCCGGCCAAGCAGGAGAAUUCACCAGAGCAGCAGGGUUCCUUGCUUACUAUGAGAUUUGCGACCGGGUUAAGCACCAGGGCUGGGAAGUAGUCCAAGAUCCACUUGGUCGCAUGGGUCCGUAUGCCCAUAAGGGAACACAGUGGGUGUCCUACGAUGACCCUGCUAUGAUCCGAAAAAAGUCGCAGCUGGUGCGAUCAUUGGACCUAGGCGGGGGCAUGGUAUGGGCCCUUGAUCUUGAUGACUUCCGCAAUCGGUGCGGAGAUGGCGUACACCCCCUACUUCGGGAGAUCCACGACGUGCUUAAGAAUCCACCAAACUUGUUCAAUACAACUUCUGGCAUUUUAGAUCCGCAGUCUGUCGAGGAAGUUGUUGGAGGCUCAGGGGAAAUAAACGAAGAAGUUGAAGCUGAAAAUGGGGAAAGUGAAGAAGUGUCUGAAAUUGUAGAAACUGGAGAGCUUGAGCCAGAAACGGGGCUUGAAGCAUCAGUUUCAAUACAGACUACUGAAGCUGAAUUGGAGGCUAGCAAUGGUGGAUACACUUCAGGAACUUUGCCAGAAAAGGAAAUAGAUCCAAACAAAGACGUUGAGGAAGAGUUCUCAGCUCCUAGUACAGCAUUGUCAGCCGAUUUUAAAGUAAUCUGCUAUUUUACAAACUGGGCGUGGUAUCGCCAAGACGGUGGCAAGUUCCUGCCAGAAGACGUUAAUGCUGAUCUGUGUACUCAUAUAGUCUAUGGAUUUGCUGUGCUAAACAGGGAAAAGCUGACAAUUCAACCUCAUGACUCCUGGGCGGACUUAGACAACAAUUUCUAUAAGCGGACUGUGGAAUAUCGCAAGAAAGGCGUUAAAGUAACUUUAGCCAUUGGGGGUUGGAACGACUCAGCCGGCGACAAGUAUGCCCGACUAGUAAGAAACGCAGAAGCACGUGCGCGGUUUAUACGACACGUUUUAAACUUUAUUGAGAAAUAUGAAUUCGAUGGUCUUGACCUUGACUGGGAGUACCCAGUUUGCUGGCAGGUGGAUUGUAAAAAAGGUACUGCUGACGAAAAAAACGGAUUCACUCUCUUAGUGCGGGAAUUGUCAAAGGUAUUCCGACCUAAGGGCUUACUUCUUUCGGCUGCCGUGUCCCCUAACAAAAAGGUAAUCGACGCUGGUUACGAUGUGCCCGAGUUGUCACACUUCUUUGACUGGAUAUCAGUCAUGGCAUAUGAUUACCACGGUCAGUGGGAUAAGAAGACUGGUCACGUAGCGCCUAUGUAUGACCACCCCCAAGGCACGGACACUUUUAACACGAAUUUCUCAAUGAACUACUGGAUAUCAAAAGGAGCUGACCGGCGGAAGCUGGUGAUGGGUAUGCCAAUGUACGGUCAGUCAUUUUCUUUAGCUAACUCCAGGGAUCACCAACUAAAUGCCCCGACCUACGGUGGCGGUGAAGCUGGAAAGGCCACAAGGGCACGAGGUUUUCUGGCCUACUAUGAGAUCUGCUUGCACAUUCGCGAACGUAGAUGGAAUGUGGUAAGAGAUGCUAGGGGUCGCAUGGGACCUUUUGCCUAUCUCGGAGAUCAAUGGGUCUCCUUUGACGAUGCAUCCAUGAUUCGGCAUAAAAGUGAGUACAUUAAGGCAAUGGGCCUUGGAGGAGCUAUGAUCUGGGCUUUGGAUCUGGACGACUUUAAAAACGACUGCGGAUGUGAAAGCUACCCUUUGCUUAAAACGAUUAAUCGCGUGUUAAGAGGUUUUGGAGGUCCACAUCCAAAGUGCCUGCUUGAACAAAAAGGGAGCACAAUGAUUGCAAACUUUAAGCCGGCCGUUAAGCCCACUAUCAAUCAGCAAAUUGACCCUGUUUCACAAGGUGGGUUGCCAAGUAAUCUAAAUGCUAUUCAGCCGGUCCAGUCUAUAGAAUGUGACGGAGAAUACUAUUUGCCUCACGAACGUGACUGCAAUAAGUAUUACAUUUGCCAAGACGGGGUGCAAGUGGAACAACGAUGUCCUUCAGGUCUCCAGUGGAACAAGAACUACUGCGAUUGGCCGAAUAACGUCAAUUGCUCUGUGCGAAUGGAAUAUACAACCCAAGUGCCAGUGGUCGAUCGCCCUAAGCCUACGAUAACUAUUCCGGAAGCGACAACAAGCAACAAGCAUCCGUCCUCCACUCCACAGUAUAGCAGCAGCGAUGCCUAUAAAGUUGUUUGCUAUUUCACCAACUGGGCCUGGUACCGACAGGGCCAGGGGAAGUAUUUGCCCGAGGACAUAGAUGCUAAUCUUUGCACGCACAUUGUCUACGGCUUCGCUGUGCUCGACAGCAACUCGCUGUUGAUCAGAACGCAUGACUCCUGGGCCGAUGUCGACAACAAAUUUUACCAACGCGUGGUAAAGUUCAGACAAGAAGGACUUCGUGUCACGGUGGCCAUCGGAGGGUGGAAUGACUCGCUGGGCAGCAAGUAUGCGCGCUUGGUGCUUGACCCACAGGCUCGGGCGCGCUUCAUCGAAAGUGUACUUAGAUUUUUAGAAAAGUACGGCUUUGAGGGCCUGGACUUGGACUGGGAGUACCCAGUGUGCUGGCAGGUGGACUGCACAAAGGGCGCUCCCUCUGAAAAGCAGGGAUUUGUUGCUUUGGUGAAGGAACUAUCGCAGGCAUUUAAGCCAAAGGGGCUGCUGCUCUCCGCAGCAGUCUCACCCAGUAAAAUGGUAAUCGAUUCAGGUUACAACGUCCCCGAGCUGUCUCAGUACUUUGAUUGGAUUGCAGUGAUGGCGUAUGACUUUCACGGACACUGGGAUAAGCAAACCGGUCAUGUAGCCCCGCUUUACCACAUAGAGGGUGACUCUAGUCCUUACUUUAAUGGAAACUUCAGUGUCCACUACUGGUUGGAACGGGGCACCCCCGCGGACAAGCUGGUUAUGGGAAUGCCCAUGUACGGCCAGACUUUUUCGCUGGCUGACAGAAAGCAUUCAUCACUAAACGAUAAAUCAGUAGGUCCAGGACAGGCAGGGCCAUUUACUCGAGCUGGAGGGUUUUUGGCAUAUUACGAGAUCUGUGAAAAAGUUGGCAACGGUGGUUGGAGCGUAGUGAGAGAUAAAGAGGGUCGUAUUGGACCCUACGCUUACAGUGGCAACCAGUGGAUCUCGUACGAUGACGUGGCAGACAUUCGAAGGAAGGCACGGUUUAUAAAGAGUCUUCGGCUGGGUGGCGGAAUGGUUUGGGCCCUUGAUCUAGACGACUUUCGCGGCCGGUGCGGGUGCGGCAAGCACCCAUUGCUGCGCACCCUUAACCAGGAGCUGCGCAGCAUUCCCGGACAAAUCGCCAGCGAUUGCACUUAAUAAUUGGCAUAUCCCACUUGUCGCUUUCCGAGCUCUCCAUAUAUUGUCUAGAGUUAGGUCGAUUCUUGUAUAAGCAUGAAACUUAAAAUA